AUGGCGGAAACAAUCGCUCGACGGAGCAACAUGGCCAUAGGAGUGGUCAGGGGCUCUUUCUGUUCUGGCUACAAUCAAGGCGCAUCGGGAUCUGGCCUUAAUCCUGGGGGAUACGGGCCCUGCUACAAUGGAGCAGCGCCCAGCUAUGGGGGCAGAAGAAACUUUAAUCGCACCAAAGGCUCGCAAGGAGGCUACAACGGCUCGCAAGGAGGCUACAACGGCUCGCAAGGUGGCUACACCGGCUUCAACGACAAUCGGCCCGGUUACUUCCAAGGCUGGGGUGCGGGCAACGCCGGCUUCAAUUCCCACAACCGUCGCUACCUCGGUUUUUGCCAUUAG